AUGAAGGCGGCAGUGGGGCGGCUGGGCCUGCGGGUGUGCUGGCAGACUGCGGAGUCCGUGCUCCAUCCUGCUGGAGCGGCUCGGGCCUGUCUUCUUGUCCCAGUGAGAACGAAGAAGAAGAGGUUUUCUGUCCCCGAAUGGGCCAGAGAACUGUCUCCUGAAGAGAAGGAGAGGAGACUCAAGUCUUUGGGGACAGUAUUUCCUGACGAACAUAUAGAACGGACUUUCUACUUGGCCUGCACAGCUGAUAUUAUAGACCCUUAUGUCCCUCCUGAGGGCGAUGCCCGCUUGACUUCCCUAUCCAAAGAUGGGCUAAAGCAAAAGAUGGAGAAGCUGAAGCAGACCGCUGCCUCCCAGCUGGCUCUGCGGAAGAUAAAAGAUCAUGAUCCGGAUUUCAGCACUAAAACCUUCCCUGAGAAGGCGCAGGAGAUAUUUAUUGAAGCUCACAAUUGCCUGGCAAAUUUUAACAAGCAGAAACUUCACUCCCUGGUGACAGAGCGCUGCUACCCAGAAAUGGUCCGUGGGAACAGGUACAAGACCAUCCGGUGGAGUUUUGUGGAGUCGCUGGAGCCUCCGAGAGUGGUUCAUGUUCGCUGCGACAGCAUUGUGAAUCGAGGCAACCUGUACGGCCAGGUGACGGUGCGGAUGCACACACGGCAGAUUCUGGCAAUCUACGACCGCUUUGGGCGGCUAAUGUACGGGGGGGAGCAGGUGCCCAAGGACGUUUUGGAGUAUGUCGUGUUUGAGAGGUACCUGGUCAACCCAUAUGGCGCGUGGAGGAUGCACGGCAAGAUCGUUCCAGAGUGGGCUCCACCGAAGGAGCCCAUUAUUAAGACUGUGAUGAUUCCUGGCCCAACCUUGGAUCCCUCAAAAGAGUUUGAAGAAACGAAGUAG